GUUGGUUAAGAGGGCUCGCAGGUAGCAAAUGGUCCCUGGAGGGAAGACGGUGCGGCCAAGAGCAGCCGGGAUUUUAGACUGGAAAAAUGAGUGAAUCUGAAGAUGCCAGUUCCGUCUUCAGUGAGUCAGAACCUGAACAAGAAGUAGAGUAUCCCGAAGAGCCUAUUUAUGCUGUAGCACCAACCAUUGAUAUCCGAGAUGAAAGUUCUAUUGAUGUGGCUUCAAGUCCUGCAUUUCAGUGCCUUGAUGAGUUAUUUUAUGCUGGAAUAAUCCCUGGAACCAGAGUAUCUGAGCUGAAGGCAAAGUAUACCCUUCUCCAUGAGACUCUAGUAAGUUUACAGGCAUCAGAGAUUCAGCUGCUGCAAGAUGCGAAACGUUUCACUGUUGAGGUGGAAUGCCAGCAGCAGGAACUAGAAAAGGCCGACCAGUUUCCAGAGGGGUCCACCUCAGAGGUGUCCAGACUGAGGCAGCAGUACCUGAGAUAUCUUAAUGAAUAUAAUGCAAUUCAAGAAAGAGAAUAUGAAACUCAGUACAAGUUGAAUAGCUUACUAGAAGACAAGAAACUCCUAGAAAGAGAGUAUCAAAGGAUCCCUAAAUCUACAGAUGCUGAAAAGUUGAUUAAGGGCCUGAAAGAAAGUUGUGAAGAGCUCCGUAAAGAAACCUCACAUAGAAGGCAAGAAAUUAAAGCACUGAAAGAUGAUUUGGCAGGAAGACAAAAGCAUCUCACUAAAGACAAGAAGGAACUUGAUGAAAUCCUUCGGAAGCAAGAAGACGUAAAAGAUGAGCUUGUUCGUCUCCAGGCCAUUCCUAUUCAGCUUGGGAAAGAUAUCGAGAAACUGAACCGCAGAAGACAAGAGACAGAGAAGAAGAUAACAGCAAUGCAGGGACAACUGGAAGAAGUAACCGAUCAAGUUAGAAAAUUAGAGGCUACCAUUGAGGAGACAAUGGAAGAGAAGGAAGACGUGAUGAAAGAAGUAGAUGGCAAGAAAGCAUUGCUAGAAAGCAAGGACCGGGAACACAAGAAUUUUAAAACGAUGCACGAGAUAAACAAAGAGAAUGAAGGAAGUGCCAUAGCUGAAAGGGGCAUUUUAGAAAUUGGAUUCCGCAACUGUCUCGUGCUGAAGCAAAAACUGCAAGAUACUUUGAGCCGCAUGCAACGAGAGAGGGAGAGAGACUUGAGAAAUUUCAAGAAGAUGGAGAUGCAGCUGAAAAUAGCUCUUGACAGCUUGGCACAAGUUAAAUCACACCACGAAAGAGUACUUUUAGAGAUUGAUGCUCUUCCUAAAGAUGAUGGGACACUAUUAGAAAGGCGAAGAGAACUCCAGAGAGAAGUUGAAAUGACUAAGAGGAAUCUUGCUCAGGAGAAAACAUCAACUGAUGUUGAGGGACGAAUGUUGGACCAGUGCAUUGCUGAGGAAGACCAGCUUUUUAAAGCUCAGGAGCAUUACAGAGAGGAACUGAGCAACUUGAUCCGUAUGACUCAGCUCAAAGCUGAUGAGAGGGAACAAAAAUCUAAGGAUUCUUUAAAAGCCCAGUUUCGACUGAAUAACAUUAUUACAGAAAUAAAAACAAAAGACUUUGAAAUAAGGGAGUAUAAGAAGAAGCAAAAAGAAAUCCAAAGACAAAUGAAAGAAUUUGCCAAAAUGUAUGACAUUGUACGACAUGAGAGAAAUAAACUUGUUAACCUCGUGCAUGCUGCCCACCAAAAAACUGCUGAAAUGAAAGAGCGACUCAAAAUGUUAGAUAAUGAGAGAGAAAUCUUAAGGAACAAUGCUGUGAUUAAAGAGAGAAAAUUGCACAAAUACCAACUGAAGCACAUCAGCAACAUUGCGGUCAAGGACAGCAUCCAGAGUGACGUCUGUAAGAUUUUUGCAACUUUGCAAGAGAUGAAGGAAAAGCGAGAGCAGCAGCUGAUGGACGUUGAAAGGCUCACCAACACCCUCACCCGCGUGGAAGACGAAAUGGUGCAGCUGCGGAAGAAAUACGAACGGGCCGUACAACGGCGAAAUGAAAGUGGAGUUAUGCUUAUUGAACGUGAGGAAGAAGUCUGCAUUUUCUAUGAGAAAAUAAAUGUUCAGGAGAUGAUGAGUCGAGAUGGCGACAUCGAAAUUAACGUGAUGGAUGAAAAGAUCCGCUUUCUAAAGCUCAAACUGACCGAGAAAAAAAGGCAGAUUCAAUUAUCCCUGAAAACGCUGCCGAUGAAAAAAAGCCUCGAUGCUGAUUUAGUGGUCCUCCAGAUUCAGUUUUCUCAGUGCAAGGACAGGAUUAGAAAUCUGGAGAAACUGUUUACAGACCCUAAAAGUCGCAACAGAACACGAGCACUGCCCGGGAAAGACGCCAGCCUGCCAGAGCUCUUCGAAAAGAUAGACGAGUUAGAAAUACAGCUGACACAGAAAGAAGAGAAACUGCUUGAGAAGGAUUUUAUUUUUGAACAAGUGUCCCAGUUAACAGAGAAAAUCAGAACCAAGGUGGACAACGGCAAGGAGGAUACACUAAUAUUGGCCAAAAAGAUGAACAGACUCCAGGAGAAAAUAAAAACCACAACCCAAAAGAUGAUGGCUCUCGUCGCAGAGCUGUCCAUGAGCCAAGCCGUUGCUAUUAAACUGCAACAAGAAAUGAGGGACAAAGAAUACUUUCUAAUGUCCAUCGCCUCCAGGUUCAAGAAAGGCCUCCCACUACCCAAGGAAGUAGAGACGGAGUGGCUGAAGGUGCUGCGUGAUGAAGACAUGUACAAGGCAGCUGCUGAGGCCAGGGCACAACGUCUUGAAGAAGAGGAAAAACUUGCCCUGCCAACUAGCAUACGCACCACAGCUGAGCAGCGUCCCAACGCCUACGUCCCAGAUGAUGACAACGUUCUCCCGUUACCACGGCCCUAUGGGGCGUUGGCUCCUUUCAAGCCAAAUGAGCCUAGUUCGAAUUUGAGAUACAUAAGAAAGCCAGUUGUAAAACCAAUUGAAAUCUGAACAGGUGUGCUCUCCUCCGGCCAUUUACACUGAGAACACUUGCACAAUGCCUCUUAUGGGUCCAAACUCACAUUCCAGUAGCCCCAGCCACAGAACUGUAAGGCUUUAACGAGGCUGCGCUGCAAAGUAUACUUAACAGACUAACGGCACUCUCCCAGUUCAGCAACCCUACACAAGCUCCAGGGAUGUAACGAUUAGGUAACUGUAAUUGUACCCUUUGAACAUCUGAAGUAUAAGAAAUUCUGGACAAGCUUUUAAAAAUGUUUAUUAAAUAUGUCAGCAAAAAUAGUAAUAAAUUUUAAAAUACAGUAUUGAUGAGUAGCUACCUGCACUUCCUUUUAUGCAUUUAGUAGCCUGACCAGUUGUUCUCCUGAUUGUAUGAUAACCCAACUUGUUUAAUAGCUGCCCUCUAACAUUUAUAUCAUCUUUUUAUAUUAUAAAUCUCUUGUGUUAUAAACAGAUAAACCAAGAUCUCUUUCAUUGCACAAAUAAAGGGGAACUCUGAAGAAUGA